AUGGUGGUGAAGGUGUAUGGCCCAGAUUUUGCUUCUGCAAAGCGCGUGCUUGUUUGCCUCAUUGAGAAGGAGGUCGAAUUCGAGACUCUCCCCAUUGAUAUCAUCAAAGGACAGAAUAAGGAUCCAGAAUUCCUGAAGUUGCAGCCUUUUGGAGUUGUUCCUGUCAUUCAAGAUGGAGACUAUACCUUAUUUGAAUCUCGUGCAAUCAUGAGGUACUAUGCUGAGAAGUACAAGUCUCAAGGAACUGAUUUACUGGGGAAGACAAUAGAGGAGAGGGGAGUGGUGGAACAAUGGCUGGAGGUUGAAGCACAAAGUUACCACCCAGCAAUUGACAAUUUAGUCAUUGAAAUUCUGUUUGGCCGCAAACGGGGUAUUCCCCCAGAUGCGAAAGUGAUCGAAGAGAGUGAAAAGAAGCUUGCAAAGGUGUUGGACAUCUAUGAAGAGAGGCUGUCCAAGAGCAAGUACCUGGCUGGGGAUUUCUUUAGCCUUGCUGAUCUUAGCCACCUUCCAUUCACAAAGUACUUGGCUGAUAUGGGGAAGAUGUAUUUGAUUGAGGAGAGGAAACACGUGAAGGCAUGGUGGGAUGAUAUCAGUAAUAGACCAUCCUGGAAGAAGGUCUUCAGCUCUAGAUGGCCCCUCUUGGAGUGA